AUGGCUUGGGUCGAACGAAUGUUACCAUCUGAUCAAGAUGAACAAUUUGAAAGUUGGCGUAAAGAAUUUCAACAAGAACGUUUAUUACGUAUUGUUCGUGAACGAGAAAUUAUGAAAGAAACAGCCAAAAGAUGCAAAUCAUAUAAAAUACGUGAACAAGAAGCUAAUGAUGCACUUGAACGAAAACGUCAAAAUAUUUUAGCACAACGUAAAGCAACUAAUGUACAAGCAACAAUGCGAUUUCAACGUAAUCUACCAGGAUUUACUGUUAUGGAUCAAGAUAAAUUUGAUCGAGCUAUUGAAACUAUAACAGGCCGUCAAUUAUCUAAUCGAUCAACACCAAGACGACCAUUAGUUCAGCAACAACAAAGAGUCAAACCACAUACUAUACUUCGUCGAUCAAUUUCAAUGGAAGAAUUAGGAUCAAGACAACAAAUAUCUGAUUCUCAAAGAACUGAUCAAAGAAAUCAAAUGAUAUUAACUCGAACAAAUUCUGUUACGCAAGUACCACAAUAUACAAAUCAAGUUCAAUAUACAUCACCUUUACAAGAAGUUCAACGUCGUGUUUUAAAUGAUUUUGCUGCACAAAUUCAAUCAACUCUUAAUCAAAAUGAACAAUUUAAUGAAACAAAUACAUGGGAACGGGAAAGUAUGGAUAGUCUUGAAGCAUCAAAUCAUUUUCAUCCACAACAAAUUAUUGCUACACCAAAAAUAACUGGACCUAUUAUACGACCAAAUCAUGUUGUAAAUAUUCAAACAAAAAAAAUACAACAAUCAAUAACAAAUAAUUCAACAUUGGAAUCUAUGAUAAAUCAUGAUCAACAAGAAAUGUUACGACGAAGUUAUCAUGAAAGUUUUUUUGUUAAAAAUACACCUGUUACAGGUGAUGAACAAGUUACAGCAUGGUUAGGUGCUAAUAAAAUUUCAAAAACAUCCAAUAAACAUAUUGAUAUUGUCGAAAAAACUUCAUCACUUGAUGGAAAUGAUCCAGAAACAAAUGGAAAACGAAAAAGUAUUCUUAAACGAUCGCCUUCUGUUGAUAGUAAUUCAGCUACGAAUACAAAACCAAUAGUAGCAACAAGAAAAGAAACAAGUGCACCACAAGUACGAACUGUUGGAAACAAACCUCGGGUUAAAGAUAGUUUAGAAGUAAUCAAUGCUAAAUUAUUAAAAGAAUUAGAAACACAGAAAAAAACUGUUCGAUUUGCACAAGAUUCCAAUAAUGAAAGAUGUGCAUCGGAUACGCAACUUGUCAAAGAACCAAUUAUUGAUAAUGAACAAACAUCACUACGUCGUGUACAAUCAGCUGCAUUGUUGACACCACCGAAUCGUCAGCCAAUUAAGUAA